AAGUACCAUAGGAAAUGUAUGGAGAACAUACCAAACUGAUGUUGGGGUGUAAAGGGUUUAAACUAGUUCAUAUCAAGUUUCAGUUGUAAAUCAUAUUGUUAAUGUUAAUUUGUUUGUAGCUUUGACUUCGAUUUGAUUUCAAACUUCCACAGUUUGUCGGUAAAUUUCCUUUUCCAGACGAAAAAUCCACUCGAAUUGAGACCUCCGUCAAAUUUAAGACUUAGCGCUUUACUCUGAUGCUUUUUGUCUUGUUAAGUGAACAUCUUGCGGCUAAUCAUUAUAAUUGUAUUUGGAAUUGCAGUCAAGGAAAACGCACGAGAGACGACGGACAAGUUAAUUGAAAAUGGCUAUGAGGGGGGCUCAGAACUAGAAACCCAAGAAGUGGAAGUGUCAUUUCAUGAUUGGAAUGAGUCGUCUUCAUCCUUGAAGCGUAAAGAAGAAAAGACGGAGAACGGUAAAAGGUUUGAAACAAGAGAGAUUUUCCGUGACGAGGAGAACACAAGUCAUACUGAAGUGAGAGACACCCCCGUCCAUUUAACAUGCAGUCUUUCCACAGAGGAAGAUGCAACAAUACAGAGCAAGGAUGAGAGAAAACAAGACAACGAAGAGAUCUCUAAGCCAAAGAUUUUUGUUCUUCGGAAGCCAUGUUCCCCCGUCCCAAUAAGCAGAAGUCGCUCUAGUUUCCCAGAUCCCCGAACGGACAUUUUUAUUGAGUUGCAAGUCCGUAAUGACCAAAGGACCUCUGAAUACAGCGAUAACCAAGAUGGCACUCCUGACAACGUGACAGAGCACGUGAUCGUUAAUAAACAACUCGUGACAGAACACGUGUCAAACACGAAACACCACGUGACUGUGGAUGUGAAGCACAACGGUACUAAACAGACUGCGAGAGACUGGGAGGCAAAGUAUGUAAAACGUGUCAGCGGCAAGCUGGGGUACUGGUUUCGAUUUUACGAACCAAGUUGUGAGCUAUUGCUGAUGUUUACACUUUACGACAAGCCUCAUCCUACCAAGUCAGAGACGAAGUUGAAAGAAGCAGUCCUGGACUACGUUACUAUUGAGGUCGAGACGAUCAGUUGGAAGUUACAUUCUUCAAGGGAGACCAGAGGAGAGAAGGAACACGAUAAACGCGAGCUUGCACUUACUCGACAGGUUCCCCUUGUGGCCGUAUCGCCCUCACAGACCAAGGUGUGCAUCAUUAUGAACGAGCUGCAUGAAUUAUGCGACAAUGGAGAAUGGGUGAAGUUUGAAGAAGCAUGCGAGAUGCACCAACAUUCGAGCAAUUCUGAUGUCAAGGUUGCAGUUUUGCUGGAGAAAGCCAUUACAUUUUUGUACCACCGGGAUCUGGAAAAAGCGGAGGCGACAGCUUUGGAGGCUCUCAGGAUUGUUUCCGAAGCUGACAAUCACCAACUCCUCAUAGGACGAGCUUACUACUACCUUGCGCAUGUCUACCGCCGGCAGAAAAAACUUGGGGAAGCGGUGCGGUGCAUUGACUUGUCCAAGCAGAAUCUUCACCUGAUCGAUGUCUGCCUUGACCAAAGUUUCAUGGCCUACGAAGAAGGAAAUGUCAUGAAGGAGUUCAUCUCUAGUGGAAGCAUUUUGAAGAAGAAGCUUCUUCUUCAAGCUAAGCACUGCUUUGAGCGUUGUCUUGAUCUCAGUCGGCGGGUGGAUGACAGCAGCAACCGGGUGAUUCCUCACACGCACAGUUUCGCCCUCAUCAAGAUGGCCAUGCUUCUUCUCGAUUGCGGGAGCACCUCAGGACGAGAGCGGCGUGUGAGCAAGGAGCACGUCAUGGAAGCGUCAAAGUUCCUUACUCUUUUGCAAAAUAAUGGCCUGGAUGACAUAACCGAGAGAAGAAAACUCCAGUUCCUUUUGGCGCGCUCGGAUCUCGACUACCGGCUUUCUAACUACCAGGCAGCAGCAAGUAGUGCCCAUCAAGCUUUGGAGAUGGCGCAGGAGUACGGCUUCCUACUGGAGGAGAUGCCAGCCCGAGACCGAAUCUACCACAACCGUCAGUUACUUGAAAAGGGAGGAGCUUACGCUUGUCCAGAAAUUUAA